AUGGAACAGCAGGUGCUACACCGUUUUGAACAGUACAGGGAAAAGUACCUGCUUCAGUUGCUCCAGUUGUUUCACGUCGUACUCUUGAAGCCCCUAUCAAUACAGUCUGAGACUUCCACCUGGGAAACGUUUAUCGAGGUCGCCUGGCCUGAAACCUUUUGCAAGCUGGAGUACGCGCACAUCGGCCACGGAACCUUGGCCUGCGAAUGUGAGGCGACGAAGGAGGAGUGGCGCGCCAACACUGCGUACUCUAAACGGAAGAACGAGGCAUUAGCUAUCCUCAACAGUCUCGAAUCAAGGAGCGGGCCUCAAGGCGCGUAUGCCUACUACUGGUGGACGCAGGGCUUUGCCGAGAACGAUGACUGGAAACCAACUGAAAGAGCCGACAACCUGUACUCCAAAUACCACCCGGUGAACGAUUUCUUGCCGUUCCUGAUGACGUUUGUAAACUUCCGACGAGAGGAUUACGACAAAAGGUAUCACAAUCUCCGCAACAUGGCUAGAACGUGUCUGGCACAGCUGAAGCAGAGAGGCGAAGAAGUUUCUCAGGAGCACCCGAAAGCGGGUUACUGGCAGCAAUGCGGGAUUCGCUGGAUCGGGUUCGAUGACUGGGAAAAUUCGCUGAACCGGCGCAUGGAGUUCCUGGAAUGGGUUUACCAAUUUCUCGCGCUGGACGCUGGACUCCACGAGAGCGUGAUGAUGUACCUCGGCGCCGGCCUGCUCGCUAUGCUCAACCCCUGGCCCAACCCGCAGGUCCACGAUCACCCCUCGCAUCCCUCUCUAUAUGCCUUGGACACGCAAUUGGCGGCGUUCGAUGUCCUUCAGGAGUGUAUCUGGUGGGUCGAGUACCUGUGGCCUCUCGACGGCAACCUCAAGGUCCAGGACAGUUACAGGGAGUCGAUAAACGCGAGCAGCACCGCCAACGAGAUCAUCCAGCGCAACAGGGAGAUUGAGCUUCUCGACAUGAAAUCGCGGAACCGCACCGCCGAGCACAAGACUCGAAUGUUUGCGACGCCGCCGGAGGUGGCCAUUGCGCAAGGCGACAGCAUGUGUCCCUUGUGCCAGGAGGAUUGGGAUCACUUUCCGUUCCACGAGCCGGUCAAGCUCCCGUGCUGCAACAAGUUCGUCGGGCGCAGGUGUAUGAAGCAGUGGUUGGCCUCUAAGCCGAUCCGACCGGCAGGCAACAACUACCUGACACGGGAGAAGUGGGUGGAGGAGUUCACGUGCGCGAUGUGCCGCAAGGGCGUUGGAAGCCAUUUCUCACCCAACUUCUUCGGGCAGAUGCUGGACACGCCUCCGAAGGAUAUCCGUGACUUCAGUUUCUAUGACGAUUUUGAAGGCUUUCCAAAGCCGGUGCACUACUGGCAACAGCGGUAA